GUCUGCUAUCUUCAUGCCUAAUUGCAUGCUGAAAGACGCUGAAUUUUUGUGAGUUUCCGAAUGGUUUUUCUAACGAGUAAUUUGCUGUAUUCCGGUGGGAAGUUUAUAAGGAAACACUUUCGCCCACACUUCCUGGACAGCCUUCGAUUGACCGUAACUGGAGGACAUGGUGGGAAUGGUUUUCCCAAAAUUGGGGGUGUUGGAGGGCAGGGAGGGUGUGUCUAUUUUGUGGCCAAGGAAGGAUAUACCCUGAAGAAUGUGGUUAAAGCACAUUCAACAAAGCGCAUCAAGGCAGCAGCUGGGGAGGACAGUACAAAGGUGCGCCUUUUGGGAAGACGCGGCAAUGAUCAGAGAAUUUCUGUGCCGGUUGGCAUUACAGUCAUCGAUGAGACUGGGCGAAAAAUUGGGGAUCUCAAUGAGGAGGGGAAGACAUUCACAGCAGCCGGUGGAGGGCCAGGUGGUUGCUCCGGGAACUCCUUCAUCGGUCAACCUGGUCAAUCGCGCACAUUGACGCUGGAUCUCAAAUUAAUUGCCGAUGCCGGGCUCGUUGGGUUCCCAAAUGCUGGGAAAAGUACAUUCUUGAAGGCAAUCUCCAAAGCAUCCCCAAAGAUUGCUUCCUAUCCAUUCACAACGAUAAAACCUCAACUGGGUAUUAUUGAGUACACAGACUACCGGCAAAUCUCCGUGGCAGACCUCCCGGGGUUGAUUGAGGGAGCCCACGCAAAUAUCGGAAUGGGGCACAAAUUCCUGAAGCACGUCGAAAGGACGAGAAUGCUAAUCCUCAUUGCGGAUAUUUUUGGUUUUCAGCUGAGUCCUCAGCAUCAGAAACGCACCUGCUUGCAAAAUGUCUACGCCUUGAAUCGAGAACUUGAACUGUACGAUCCCACAUUGCUGGAAAAACCUUCGAUACUGCUAAUCAACAAGUUGGAUCUUGAGGGAGCUUCUGAGGAAUUUGAGAGGAUUCAACCCAAUCUCCAUCGGCUUGAGGAGCAAGUUGCGGAAUGCCCAGAAGAGAUUCGACCGAGGAAACUUCUCAAUUUCGAACGAAUCCUCCCUAUUUCGGCGAAAGAAGGAAUGGACAUUGAUCGGGUUGUUGCCAACAUUCGAGAAGUUCUCGAUGAAGCUGCCGAAGAGGAUGUCCUGGAGCCGGAUUUAGAGAGAUUGACGAGAAAAAAUCGUGAGUACGGCCCCAAAGUUGUUUAGAAAUCAAAAAUAUCUCUUUUAUUAUGAA